AAAAGAAUGUAACAUUUAUAAAACAUGUGUCGAAUGUCACUUUGGUGGUUCCACAAUAUUUGGAGCUUUCCGUUGAUUUUUAAUUGCUAUUUUCAUAUAGAGGGAUUCGGAAAAGUUCUCUUUCAUAACUUGAAUGUUACAAAAAUAAAGAGGAGUAACUCUUAAGUUUACGUUAAACACCGAUAACAUGAAUGCUCGUUCUUGGUAUGUAGGGUAAGUUAUUUACAUAUUCUUCUUGAAUGGGUAGUAAAUGAUAAGAGUUUUUCAAUUUCACUUUCAUACUUACUGAAUAUUAAUCAGUUUAUUGAUGAUAUUGGUGAUCGAUCGAUAUAUUGCAAUAUUGCAAAGAACAUUUUAUGAUUAGAUUCAAUUUGAAUUGAAUAAGUAAGUAAAAGAAACAUUUAAAGGAAGAUAUACAUUUAAACGUAUCGGACAAUGUUUAUUUAUUUGCAAGAUGGAUACUUUAAUUAAAAUUGAUGUUCAAGACAAAGUUAUCCAGAUUGAAUGGUUAAAAACCAUUAAUGCAAUAGUUUCUAUCUGAGGAGUAAAACAAGACUCAAGCCAUGACAAGAAGUUGUGCAACAUUUAUUUUGUGUUUUCUGACAGUUUUCGGCAUUAGGAAGGUACGCGCGCAGAGCGGAUCUGACGUACAGGAUGUUCUGACCAAACUGUUUACGACAGACAAGUAUAAUAAGAAAAUACGACCUCUUGUAGACCAAUCAAACGCUGUCCAGAUAGAUGUUGAUUUUUUUCUAACAUCUAUAAUAGAUUUCAAUGACCAAGAUGAAAGUUUGAAGACGUCUGGUUUUCUAAGUUUGUCGUGGACAGACGAAUACCUGCAAUGGGACCCUAGUAGUUACAACGGGGUAAAUGUAUUAUUUCUGCCUCAAGACGACAUAUGGCGACCUGGUGUGUCAUUACGUAAUCCGUACAAGUCAUUUACCGGACUUGGAUCAGCUUUUCUGAACUUAAGGGUCGAUUCAAAUGGCUUAGUAGAAUGGUUUCCAUUUCAGGUUUUCGAAUCUACUUGUGACGUAGACAUCACCUAUUUCCCUUUUGACAGUCAAGAAUGCGAACUGAAAUUUAUCGCCUGGAGUUAUUCUCAGGUGGAGGUGGAAUUAAACAAAGGCGCUAGGGGCGUUAUCCUGGUGGAGUACUCUCCGAACGCUGUAUGGAAUAUUGAUUCCACAUCAGCGCAUGAAACAAACACUGGUGAAUCAUCUGUCACAUUCACUAUCAAACUGAAGAGAAAACCGGGAUUUUACGUCAUAAAUAUAAUUAUUCCAGUUAUUCUUCUUUCGGUUCUGAACAUAUUUGCUUUUGCGUUGCCUGUGACAACAGGCGAGAGGGCGUCAUAUGCAGUGACCGUCUUUUUGUCUCUGGCUGUCUUCCUGACGAUCGUUUCAGAAGAACUCCCAACAAACUCAGACGUCAUUUCUAUUUUAUCAGUAUAUCUGACGGCGAUGAUAACGCUCAGUACAGUAAUUGUCUUAAUUUGUAUUUUAGAGUUACGUCUGGCCACACGCACUGUGGAGGAAUAUCCAAUUAACAAACUUUUUAUGGCUGUUUACAAGGUCUCUUUGUUCUUACAGUGUAGGAAGAGGAAAGAUAAAAUUAAACCUGCUAAAAUGUCUGAAACAAAUUCGAAAAAGAAACUAAAGAAAGAAGAUGAGUUCAAUCCAGACAGAAAGAAAUUUCAAGUAACAUGGAUGAAAAUUGUAAGCGCCAUGGACUACCUGUUGUUUUGGAUUUUUCUGUUGCUGACGUUCAUACUGACACUUGUGUUAUUUCUGAUUUGUGCAAAUAACUAAUAUAUACAAAUUCAAUAUUCAUUCAGCUUUUACAACCAUGGAUCUUCACUCAUGUACAUAAACAAAUUAUCUUAGUACGUUGUGAAUUACCUUGACAAUUAAAUGAUAAGAUUUAUCUCCAUGCUAUAAGUUCGCAGUGCAAACACACACUGACACAAUUAAGUUCAAAAUCCCACUUCGAGUUUUAUAUUUGAGGGAGGAUCCAAGGCGUGUCUUCAGAGUGCAGGAUGACCCAGGGCGUGUCUCCCGAGAAGAGGAGGACCACAGACGUGCCUCCCGAGAGGAGGGGGACGAUCCCAGGUGUGUCUCCAGCGUGAAGGAGAAUUCUAGGCGUGUCUUCCAAGUGGAGGAGAACCCAGGUGUGCCUCCCGGAUGGAGAAGGAUCCCAAGUGUGUUUUCAUAUUGGCGUGUUUCCCGAGUUUAGGAGGACCUAGGACGUAUCUCCUGCGUGGAUACGGACCAAGGGCGUGUCCCGAAAAGAGGAGGAACCCAGUUGCAAUUGUGUCUUUUGAGUGGAGGUAGACCCCGCGUGUGUCUCAAUAGUAGAAAGACUCCCAGACGUGUCUCCUGAGUGGAGGAGGAUCCAAGGCGUGCCUCCCGAGAGAUGGAGGAGACAAGACGUGUCUCCAGAGUGGAGGAGAAUCCAAGCUUGUUUCACGAGAGAAGUAGGAGCCCAGACGUGUCUCCAGAAUGAAGGAGAAUCCUAGGCGUGUCUCCCGAGAAGAGGAGGAUCCCAGAUGUGUAUCCCGCGUGGAAGAGGAUCCAGGGUUUAGACAUUGUAGGUUCGAACUUACAAAGACGGAGACAUUUAAUACUACUUACGCAUACGCACAUAUGCUAAUUCGUCCUUUAGCAUGUAGUAUUUAUUGAAAAUGUACACAAUUGCAGUAUAUAUGUUUAUAACAAUGUUUUAGCCAGUGCUUUAGCAACUGGCUUUAGCUUUAAAUCACUUACCAAGUUUCAAACUCGCGUCGUUUGAGUUUUCCUUCUAUUUCUAUGUGACCGCAUCACACAAAUAUUCUGGACGUGUAAGAAAACAGUCCCACAUUUAUUUUUUAUAAUCUUGGUAUUGUGUGAGUGUGUGAGCAACUGAGGACUACUGUUUUAAACAACAAAAACAAGCAGCAACGGAUUCUAGAAUAAUUAUGAACUUUAUAUUCACAUUCGGAAUAUUCGGAAUCACUCCGCUCUAGGGUUAGGGUUAGGGUUAGGAUUUAUGGUAAGGGUUAAGGGUUAAUGUUAGCGUUGAAAUUGGCCCCACUCUGGACAUAGAGUUGUAUUGGGAAAACCUUCAAAAAUCUUCUUGUCUUGAACCACAAUGCACAGAGUUUUGAUAUUUAGCAUGUAGCAUUGUCUAGUGGACCUUUACCAACAUUUUUCAAAUUAUGACCGAUCUAUGCACAAUGAAAUGUUGAUUCUUCAGGUGCAUCGGUUGAAAUAUCACUCAAUUAGCACUGGCUAUCAGUCCUUUCAGGGCUUUGAUUUGUUUAACUACUUGUUUACAGUCUUUAGUAAUUGUUUCAACAGAUGUACGUUGAGUGGUAUGCUCUAAAUCGUUGCUCUUAAACAAACGUAGAUCAAUUACUUUCUUGUAUCACAAAAAAACUUUAGGUAACAAAUCAAACAGUAUUGCAGAAAACUAGCUGGAUCGUUAGCAACCGUUUAUUAACCAAAACAACAAUCAAUUGUAUAAUCAAGUAUUACAUAUAUUUACUUUUAUCAUUUGUCAAUCACGGAAUCGAAGUUCAAGAGGAAAACAAUAUUUAAACUUUGAAUAGAUUGAUAAAUUUACAUUUAGACAUGUAGAUAUCAGUGGAAUAGAAAUGUUUCGUUCAUACAUUGUAUAUAACAAAGCCAAACUAAAGUUUCUGAGUGCGGGAUACUCAACCCCACUCCUCCUUGGGAGGGAUAGGUAUUUAAUGACAAGUGUCAGAAACUUAGAGGAUCAUUUUGGCAUACCUGACGUAUAUCCCGAUACGACAGUUUUCGUAAAUUCAACGCACAAACAUAAUAAAAGAAAAAACAUAACUAUACUGCGAUUAAUUCUGGAAUAUAUCCAUUUAAGUGAGAUUUUCGUAAUUUUGAAGCACGUUCCCGAUACACAAAGAUUUCCAUUUAUAUUCAAUCAAUUAAAGUGGUAGCUUUAGUUUUGCUUUGUUCUGUAAUAUGGCAAUGUCAAAGGACAGUUUAAUUUCGAUAGAUGUGAUCACCUGUGAAAUAAAUAGAUAUUUAAGCAUAUCGCACCACUUGUUAAGUCAAGAAGAUUUCGAUAUUUUUCUAUAAUUAAAACAUGCGCCAUUCGGUGUCGCAGAGCGAGAAAAGCUAAUUUUCGG